AUGGUGGCAGAAAAGUAUAUCCCAGAUGUGGAAUAUGCCUCAGAGGUCUCUUCUCUUCAUUUACCCCUUGAUGCGAGCCCUGAAGCUCUUGACCCUGUCCUAGAAGCCCGAGAAAAGGCGCUGGUCUGGAAACAAGAUCUGCGGAUCAUCCCUUUGUGUGCUGGUAUUUAUUUACUUUGCUAUCUUGAUCGGUCAAACAUCGGAAACGCCAAAAUCCUCAAUUCGAAUACUGGCAAUGACCUUCUCACGGAAACGAAUAUGACCUCGUAUCAAUUUACAAUCGCAUUGAUGGUUUUUCUCAUUGCAUAUGCACUGUUCGAAGUACCCUCAAAUUACUUUCUGAAGAAGCUCAAACCAAGCCGUUGGAUUGCCUUUCUCAUGCUCUCAUGGGGUGCAACAACCAUGGGUCUCGGAGGCGUGCAUAAUUAUGCACAAGUAACCGGACUACGAUUUCUACUGGGAGCCAUGGAAGCCGGUCUAUUUCCCGGGUUCGUCUACUACUUAACAUUUUGGUACCGCAAUUCUGAGCGAUCGAUCCGUGUAGCCCUGAUUCUUGCCUCGGCAACCUUGGCCGGAGCAUUUGGCGGAGCUAUCGCAUUUGGAGUGGGCCAUAUGAAUGGUGCCCAUGGUCUUUCCGCUUGGAGGUGGCUAUUCAUUAUCGAGGGGGCACCGUCAUGCGCUUCUGCCGUUCUGGUUUGGUUCUUUCUGCCAGAUUAUCCCGAGACUGCAAAAUGGCUGUCUAGCGAGGAGAAGGAGCUUGCAGAGAGCCGUUUGGCCAAGGAGGGAUCAAAAGGCUCUGCUCAUGCCAUGUCAUGGGAGGAUGCCAAGGGCACACUGACCGAUUGGAGAUUGUAUGCUCAUUAUGCGGUGUACUUUGGUAUAUCUACCCCAUUCUCGAGUCUCUCGCUUUUCACCCCAGCUAUUACUUCGGGAUUGGGGUACUCCAAUCUCCGUUCUCAGUUGAUGACUGUGCCUCCGUAUGCAGUUGCCUACGUUGUGACUGUUGCUGUGGCUUGGUCCGCGGACCAUUUCAAUAGCCGCGGUCUUCAUUCAGCUGUUUUCUCAUUCAUUGGAGCAAUGGGCUUUCUGGCAUCUGCAGUUUUGCCUGCUAGCUCUUACCAGAGUCGCUAUGGAUGUCUCAUCGUUGCAGCCAGUGGCUCCUUUGCAUGUAUUCCACCGCUACUAGGCUGGCUCUCCUCUAACCUCCGCUCAACCGCAGGCGCAGGACUUGCAAUCGCACUGAAUGUGUCAUUCGGUGCACCGGGCCAAAUUGUCGGAGUCUGGAUUUACAAAAGCGACGAGGCAAAGAAAGGGUAUCCAACUGGCCACUGGACAAAUGCUGCGUUGCUGUUGUUCGUUACAGCCGGCUGUAUCCUAUUAAGGAUAUAUUAUGGCUGGAGAAAUCGCCGUGGAGAUGGAGCCAGGGAUGGAACUAAAUUUGCAUACUGA